AUGGGCAGGUCGCAAGAGUACUCAGAUUUCAAUUAUUCUCACUUUGAAAUAUGGAGAGGUCCAAUUGAACAAGUAAUUUAUGCGCCUUAUAACUAUACACACGUAUACAGCUUAGAGAUGAAAUAUUGGAAUCCUGUAAUGGUUCAAAUAUUCUUCUCCAAGCAUUGGACUACCUCAGUAUAUAUAGCCGUAAUUUAUGUAUGCAUAAUUCACGCACUGCAGCGUUAUCAACAGAACCGUAAGGCUUGUGAUCUACGUAUUCCAUUGUGUUUGUGGAAUGCAACUUUGUCAGUAUUCAGCUUGGUUGCUACUGUCAGGUUCGGUGAAGAAUUUUAUUAUACUCUGACCACGCGGCCUUUUGUUCAUUCAGUUUGCUAUUCCAUCUCUCCAUUCCAGCCAGCUGCCGCAUGGGCAUGCGCAUUUGCAGCAUCAAAAGUUGCAGAACUUGGUGAUACAGUCUUUUUGGUUAUGCGCAAAAAGCCGUUAAUAUUUUUACACUGGUACCAUCACGCAGUCGUACUUAUUUAUAGUUGGAAUUCCGCAUCCGAACUGACCGCUCCCGGCCGCUGGUUUAUAAUGAUGAAUUUCUCGGUGCACUCCAUCAUGUACACUUAUUAUUCUAUCACAGCAUUAGGUAUUCGGCCACCUAAAUUACUCUCCAUGUGCGUUACUGUGUUACAAACAUUUCAAAUGCUUGUUGGUGUCAUGAUCUCAAUAAUUGCUCUCAAUGAGAAACUCAAAAAUGCUAUUUGUCAGCAGUCAAUGGAUAAUCUCGCACUUGGCUUUGCUAUUUACUCAUCUUUUGCUGUUCUUUUCACACGUUAUUUCUUUGAUGCAUACGUAAAACCCAGGAAGUUAUUACAAAAAAAACAUGAUUAA